AUGUUUCGUGUUACUGCACGAAAAAAAAAACGAGAUAGAAGAAGAAAAUGUAUAUAUGAAAUAGUUUUCAAUUACACAACGCACAUCCAAUAGGCUUACGACGCGAAUCCGCGCUUUGCUUGUGUAGCGCCUAAAAUCGUUUAGCCGCUACCGUGCGCGCGGCGCGAGGCAGGUCGCAGCGAACGUGUUAAGGGCAUAUUGUUUUCCAUAUAGGGUAACAUGACAUGCUUUAGUAUGUAA